UGUUUUCCAUUGUGCAAGUGUCAGUUUCAUUAAAUUGUCCACAGGAUUUUUUAAAAAUUAAAUUAGUUAAAAACCGAAUAAUUUGAAAGUAUGUCGAAAAUGUGGAAAGGCGUUGAAACGCCUCUAGUGAAAGGCAACCUCGUGAGUUUUCUCUUCAAAGACGCGCAUAAAUGGAACCAUUUACAUGCAUUGGAGUGUGGGUACACCCGCCAAUCCCUAACGUACUGGGAGCUGCAGCAGGCAGUGGGAAGAUGGGGAGCUUGGCUGACCUCCUUCAUGGGGGAGUCCAAUCCUUCCGCCGCCAAUCCUUCCGCCGCCAAUCCUUCCACCGCCAAUCCUCCCUGUCGCCAAUCCUUCGUGGUGGGGAAGCUCGCCCCCAGCUGCGUGGACGUGGCGGUGGUGCAGCUGGGGACCAUGGCCGCGGGGGUCGUGUACACGUCACUCAACAUUUCCUUUGGUCCCAGGGAGCUGAGUGCGCAGAUCGAGGAGACGGGCGCCGCCCUUCUGAUCACAACACCGAAGUUCGCCCUCCGCCUUCAGGAGGCCCUGGACAAACUGGGACGCAAGAUCCCCGUCGUGUUGAUCGGCAGCGGGGAACUUGGGGACGUAGGGAGCGACCUCAACGUUGUGGGAAUAUACAAAGAUAUUAUCAACGACCAGACGAUUAAGCCUAUGGAACCAGUUGAGCUGUUAGGAGAUGAGGUGGCGCUGCUGGUGUACACGAGCGGCACCACCGGGAUGCCCAAGAGUGUGCAGCAAUCCCACAACUCCAUCAUCGCGGGGGUGACCGCGAGUAUACAUCCCCACUUCUGGGUGCAUCCUCCUACCAUUAAUGAAAGCAACCAGACGCGCUCUCUCCUCAUCAGGGACAUCGGGUUAGCAUUCGGGUUGAUCUGUGCCUUCAUGCCCGGGGUCGCCACAGGGAUGUGUCAUGUCGUCAAAACUUUGGACGAUAACACUUUCCUGCAAGACGUUGAAGAGUUUAAGAUAAACACAAUCGCGAUCGUGCCCCUGAAUUUCCCGACUUUGCUGCGCCUGAGCAGAGAGCGCCAGGAUUUGCUCAAGUAUUUCCGACACGUGAUUGUAAGUGGCGGUCCAAUCCCGCAGGCCCACGUCACCGCUGUGGCCAGCACCAUGCCUGGGGUCUUCGUCCAGAAAUGUUACGGAGCGUCGGAGAUGUUCGUGAUAGCACAAGACCCUGUGGGCGGCGGCAAGCCAGGGUUCACAGGCAGCGUCUGCCCCAACGUUGAGCUCAAACUCAAGGAUCUCAACUCAACGGAGUUACUGCCCGCCAACCAAAUGGGAAUCCUAUACGUCAAAAGCCCCUGCAAAAUGCAGGGUUACCGCAAUAACCUUACGGCGACUAAUGACGUCAUCGACGAGGAAGGCUGGUACAACUCAGGCGACGUGGCCCUCGUGGACGAGGACGGCUACGUCCAGAUCGUCGACCGCUUCAAGGAGAUCAUCAAAAUGGCGGACGGCUGCAAUGCUGCCCCAGCGGAGUUGGAGAACACGAUCCUGGAGAUGGAGGGGGUGAAGGAGGUUAGCGUCAUUGGGACACCCGAUGCCAGCACCGGGUUUGACUCCAUUUACGUUUUCAUAGUAAAUAAAACGGACGUCUCUCCCCCCAUUAAGGAAGAAGACGUUGUAAAUUACGUCGUGCGGAACCUCAACGAACUAAAGCGGCCUAGAAAAGUCGUUUUCCUGGACGCUUUACCUCGGAACGACAACGAGAAGGUCGACCGUAAACUGCUGCGACUAAAAGCGAAGGAGAUGGAGAAAGAAAAAUAAUUUUGUCUUGUUCAAGGGUUUCUGUGUAAUUAUUACUAUAUUACCGUAAUAAUUGUUGAAAAGUCGAUCAGCCAAUGACGGAGGAACGGAGGAAUUAACCGCAAUUUCGAAUUGACCGAUGUGAAAAUAUUUUUGCAAUUAUAUGUAUAAGGAAAUGAUGAACGACGUAGCGCGAUUUUUUGAGUUCACUUGGCUUCAUGUCAGGAACCACUCGUAGGCGAUGUUGAUUUCAAAAUUUCAUGAUUGAGUUUAGGUUUUCAGUUCAGUUUUUAUUAUCAGUUACUUGUUAGAGAAAUUUUAUUGCGUUCAUAUUAUGCUUAUUGAAAGAGAGAAAUUAGUGAACUUUUAAUUUAUGAUGUUCGAUUUAUUGAGGCUCGUAAAAUAAUUUUCAUUGAUGCAAUUGGCAUAUAUUUUAAAAAAUUGUCUUGAUAUUUUGCACAUGAGAUACGAUCACAAAUAAUAUAUUCUGAUUAUAAAGUACCAAUAUGGAAUUUCAACGUGUCCGAUGGCUCUCAAGUUGAAAUGUUCAUACAUGAGACAUUUCUUACGACUUCGUGGAGCCAUCACUCACUAUUGUCCAUAUCGUGACAGACUAUCUCACCCACAGCACGAGCAGAGAGCGGACGUAGCACUGAUACGCCAUUUCGUCAAACCGAACUUGGUCUGAAUGACCCACAUACAACAGCAAUAACUGCAUCACUUUUUGGACAAAGUGUCACUCAUUUCUAUGAUGGAUCCAACAGCAAUAUAUAUUGUCUCGCCUGUAUUGUUUGCUGAUGAGAAUGCGGGGUCACUGCGACAUUCAGUGCUCGCUCUCUUUGGAAUAAAAAUUAAACAUGCCUAUAAUAGUUUUUCGCAUAGUUUAGUGUAUACUGCAUUAGUAUUUUUCGUCGUUCUCUACACCAGACAAGCAAUUUUAUUCCUGUGGGUCUAAGCUUGUGCUGAUCCUGAAUAGCAAUUGUCAAAUUUGAUGGUGAAUUAGAUUUUUCAAUCCAAUUCACCAUCGCCAAACUAUGACAACUAAGUCGGGCUCCAUCUAAAUGAACCAUCAUUUGCUCAUAGUUAGGUAAUAACGAUUUUUGAUAGAUAAUGGCAUUUCGUAAUGAAUUAUU